AUGUCACUUGCCGUCCUUGCCUCUCUCGCCGUCCUCGCGUUUUCCUGUCCGGGCGUGGCGGCGGCCGGAGACACCGUCUCCGCGCGGCAGCCGUUGCGGGGCAACGCGACGGUGGUCUCGGCGCAGGGCAAGUUCGAGCUCGGCCUCUUCAGCCCCCGUGCCUCCGGCCGGUUCUAUCUUGGUAUCUGGUACAAGAACAUUCCCGUGCAGACCGUCGUCUGGAUCGCCAACCGUGCCAGUCCCCUGUCCGGAGUUGCAUCGGCGGAGCUCCGGGUCUCCCCCGACGACGGCAACCUUGAGCUCGUCGGGCUGAGCAAUUCCUCUGCCUCGCGGGGCAUCGUGUGGUCGUCAAACCUGUCGUCCUCGUCGUCAGUAUCAUCGUCGCCGGGGUCGAACCUCGCGGUGAUGCGCGACAACGGCAACCUGGUCCUCCUCGACGGGGGCAACUCGUCCAACGUGCUGUGGCAGAGCUUCGACCACCCGACGGACACGCUGGUGCCGGAGGGGUGGCUCGGGGAGAACAAGCUCACCGGCGAGUACCAGACGCUGACGUCGUGGAGCAACGCCGAGGAUCCCGCGCCCGGGAUGUUCACCUGCACGGUGGACCCCAACGGCAGCAGCGAGUUCUUCUUCCUCUGGAACGGAUCCCGCGCAUACUGGCGCAGCGGCGUUUGGACGGGGCGUGUCUUUGCCAACAUGCCCGAGGCGGUGAACAACGUGCUCUUCAACCAGACGUACGUGGAGACGCCGGCGUACCGGCGCAUCACCAGCGUCCUGUACAACAACGCGACGAUCACGCGCAUGGUGCUCGACUUCACCGGCCAGAUCAAGCAGUACAUCUGGGUCCCCUACAGCCAGAGCUGGCAAUUCUUCUGGGCCGCGCCCACCGUGCAGUGCGACGUGUACGCGCUCUGCGGCGCCUUCGGCAUCUGCAGCCAGAGGAGCCAGCCGCCGUGCCAGUGCCCACCUGGGUUCACACCGGCGGCGGAGCGCGAGUGGGGCCUCAACGACUGGAGCGGUGGUUGCCACAGGAGUGCAUCGCUUCAGUGUGCGAGCAACGGAUCAACGGACGGAUUCAUCGAGAUCCCGUACAUGAACCUCACCGACGAUUCGCUCGCUGUGAGUGCCCAGAGCAAAGCCAAGUGCGAGUCGGCUUGCUUGAAGAACUGUUCUUGCGAGGCCUACACUUUCUCCGGCAGCGGUGGCUGCGCCGUCAUCUACGGUGGCUUCCGCAACGUUCAGCAGCUCUACGUGGACGGCGGGGGCUCGUCUUCGAGCUUGUAUGUCCGGCUGUCGGAUUCUGAGCUCCGACGUGCGCGCGGCACCAACAGGAAGAACGGGCACCUGUGGCUUGUUCUUGGCAUCGUUUUGGCUUGCCUUGCCGCACUGGGCGCAUCUGCACUGGCAGCCUGGAUCCUUCUAUCCAGGAGGAAAAGGCAGGCCGAAAUGGGAAAUCAAAAGGAGUCCUCCCUGGUAGUGUACAGCUACGGCGACCUCCGCGCCGCAACGAAGAACUUCUCGGAGAGGCUGGGCGGCGGAGGCUUCGGCGCGGUGUACCGCGGCGUCGUGAACAGGCACGCCCAAGUGGCUGUCAAGAAGCUUGAGGGCCUCAGGCAGGGCGACAAGCAGUUCCGGACGGAGGUGAACACGCUAGGCCUCAUCCAGCACGUCAACCUCGUCCGCCUCCUCGGGUUCUGCUCGUCGCGCCAUGACAAGCUGCUCGUCUACGAGUACAUGCCCAAUGGCUCCCUCGACAUCUACCUCUUCAGGAGCGGCUUUAGCCCGAGCUGGCACGACCGCUACGGCAUCAUGCUCGGCAUCGCCAGGGGGCUGGCCUACUUGCACGAAGGCUGCCGUGAGUGCAUCAUACAUUGUGACAUUAAGCCGGAGAACAUAUUGCUGGACAAGGACUUGUGCCCGAAGAUCGCCGACUUUGGGAUGGCCAAGCUGGUGGGGAGGGACUUCAGCCGGGUCCUGACGACGAUGCGGGGCACCAUAGGGUACCUUGCGCCGGAGUGGAUCUCCGGGCUACCGAUCAGUGCCAAGGCAGAUGUGUACAGCUUUGGAAUGGUGCUCUUCGAGCUCAUCUCAGGGCGGCGCAACACGGAGUGCUACGGCACGGGGCACAACAGCGACGACGAUGCAGAUGCUGGGCAGCGUCCCUCGAUAUUCUUUCCUGUCUGGGCCGCGUCUAGACUGGCGGAGGGAGACGCAGCCGCCGUGGCGGACCCGCGGUUGCACGGCAACGUGAGCGAGGAGAAGCUGGGGCGCGCCUGCAGGGUGGCGUGCUGGUGCAUCCAGGACCAGGAGGAGCACCGGCCGACCAUGGCGCAGGUCGUGCAGGCGCUGGAGGGAGUCGUCGACGUCCACGUGCCGCCGGUGCCCCGGGCGCUCCAGCACCUGGCGAUGCAGGCCUGAUGUCGUGUUGUCGACCAUGUGUAUCAUUUUGUAGAGCCAAUAUGUCCUUUUCUUUUGAGAGAAUACAGUAUGUUAGUAUUUCUAGCCGGCUUGGUUAUCGGUAAGUGUUUAUUGGCGAAGGAUUGACGACAGUCUGCAAAGAGUGUACUUUUUCCUUAAACUUUU